UUAAUGCUUGGGGAUGCUGAUAGUAGUUGUGCUUCUCCGGAUAUUCUUUCUCUCCUCACAGAGAGCUUUUUCUGCUUGUCUCCUAUAUUUUUGCUUUAGUGUUGCCGUCUGUUUUGGAUUCACUGGAUCCCACCACAGUCCGUCCGACUUUGCGGUGUCUCUUCAAGAACAUCAUCUACAACAUCAUCUUUAGUGGAUUACAGACCUUUAUGACGAACAGCUAUGUAUGCUGCCGCAUCAUUUUAGGCUGUUGACAUAACUCGGAACUGCUAAAUAAUCGAUGGCCAACUGCAGGAGAGGAGCGGUAAUAUGAAUUAACUCUUUAAGGUGGAAAAAACAGAGGUGCAUAUGGAAAGGGGUUUUAUAUUGCCGAAGGAAAACAGGAAUAAGGAUUUAUAACACAUCUCUUCUCGCUGCGAGUUUUGUUGUUGAAGUUGGGUGUGCUCUGCGAUUUGUAAAGAAGAGACACAAUGGGGAACAAAUUAAGUGGAAUGGAUGUUCUGUAAACUGCUCCUUAGAGAUGUAUGGAAGAUUUGUCAACCUUUCCCCUUUAUUAAUCUUUUCAUAAUAAUCCUGGAAAGGUGGAGCGAUCAGGAAAAGCUAAUGACAGACAUAUUCAUUCAUCAAAAGCACCAGAGGGGUUUGGAAACGUUUGGAUGGAAAUCGGGCGAAUGUUUACAUCUUUUUUCUGCUUUUAUACGAAACUACUAAUGAAUAGUUGUGUAUCUCUGGUGGAAUCGCCGUUAUCAUUAAUAAUCAGCUACAGUGAAUUUAUGGGCUGUGAAAUUUUGACAUAUUCGCGGUGAAAUUUCGUAAAUAUCGAUAUUUUUCUUCUGAAAGUAUUCCGAUCUAAAUGGAAAUAGUUGAGAAAGCCCUUUGUGAAAGGAAUAGACAUGGUACAUGGGAACAGGUUCUUUCAUGUUGUUGCAGGUCUUCUCAUGUUUGGGGUGUCUUGGGCAACAAAGAAGGAAGCAGUGAAAAACAAUUCAGGGGUCCAGCCAGCAGGUCAGUGUGGAACCUGGGUGAAAGAACCAGAGGGAGGCAUCUUCACCUCACCCAAUUACCCAAACAAAUAUCCCCCAGAGCGAGAAUGCAUCUACAUCAUUGAAGCUCCCCCGAGACAAUGCAUUGAUCUUUUCUUUGAUGAAAAGUAUUCAAUAGAGCCUUCAUGGGAAUGUAAAUUUGACCAUAUUGAAGUCCGGGAUGGGCCCUUUGGCUUUUCUCCAAUAAUUGGACGCUACUGCGGACAGCAGAACCCUCCAUAUAUCAGAUCAAGUGGCCGCUACCUGUGGAUAAAAUUUGUUGCUGAUGGCGAAUUGGAAGCCAGGGGAUUUUCUGCAAGCUACAAUUUCACAGCAGAUCCUGACUUUAAAGACAUAGGAGUCCCCAAACCUCUUCCCUUUUGUGAAUUUGAGAUGGGAGGACCAGAAGGCAUCAUUGAAUCGCAGCAGAUCACCAAAGAUGGCAAAGCCUCACAGACUGAGGCAGUGGACUGCAAGUGGUACAUCCGUGCCCCUCCCCGUUCCAAGAUCUACUUGCGUUUCCUAGACUACGAGAUGCAGAACUCCAAUGAGUGUAAAAGCAAUUUUGUGGCUGUGUAUGAUGGCAGCAGCUCGGUGGAGGACCUGAGGAAUAAGUUCUGCAGCACUGUGGCCAACGACGUCAUGCUGGUGUCCGAGCUGGGCGUGGUCCGCAUGUGGGCUGAUGAGGGGAGUCGCAAGAGCCGCUUCCGUAUCCUCUUCACCACCUUCCAAGAGCCUCCAUGUGAGGCAGAUACUUUCUUUUGCCACAGUAACAUGUGUAUCAAUAACACGCUGGUGUGCAAUGGAGUCCAGAACUGUGUUUACCCCUGGGAUGAGAACCACUGCAAAGAAAAACGGAAAGCCAAUAUCCUGGACAACCUCAAUAACACUAAUGGCACCAUCAUCGGUGUAACGUGCUGCAUUGUACUUAUCCUACUGGUUGUAUCUGUGAUUGUUCAAAUCAAGCAGCCAAGGAAGAAGUACAUCCUGAGACGUGAGGACUUUGACCCCACCAUGUUCCAGGAGGUGUUCCAAGAGCCGCCACAUUAUGAACUGUGCACUCUCCGCAGUGCAGCGGCCACCUCGGUGGACCUGGCCGAGUUGGCUGAGGACUUUGAGAGCUACCACAAACUAAGGAGCGCCUCCUCGCGCUGCGUACACGAGCAUCACUGCGGUUCCUCGCAGCUAUCCAGCACCAAGGGCAGCCGAAUCAACCUGAGUCCCCGUGAAGCGGCAGCGGCCAUAUUGACAGACAUCCCAGCGCAACCGAUGCGGCCACUUCCUCCCCAAACCAACCGGCGGAACAUUCUGGUAAUGAGACACACCUACUCACAAGACGCUGCAGACGCCUGUGACCUAGAUGAUGACCUGGAGGAGGUGCCAACCACCAGCCACAGGCUGUCCAGACAUGAGAAAGCAGUGCAGCGGUUCUGCCUCAUUGGGUCUCUAAACAAACAUGAAUCUGAGUACAACACAACUAGGGUGUAACAGACAAUCUGAAGACUUCUAGAAAAUAGUGCAAUCCUGGAUCAGUACGAACUGGCUUCAAUGAAAUAUGAAAAUAUGGACCGGAGAUAUACACCAGCUUGAUAAUAACAUGGACAUUUUAAAGACAAAUAUAUCAAAACAACCUGCAGAUGUAAACAUUUCCCAAAGGAGGACAUCAAUACAGUAACAAAGGAAGUGACUGUGAUGAAAUUGCUUUAACGUGAUCUCCUAAUUUAGGCGCAUUGCCUUCUUUUAGAUUCAUUAUUUAGGAUUGCAAAAAUAUUGCCUUAAGCUUUGUGAAAUUUAGAUAUUGUUUAAUUUUUAUUUAUAUGAAUAAAUGUGAAUGAGUAAUUUCAGUACGUAUUGUUGUAGUGCAUGCCUUUUAUGUUCAUGUUUUGCUACCAAACUUUGUCUUUUUUUAUUUGUUAGAAAUGCCUUUUCAGCAAAAAAUAACAUUCAGCAAUACCUUUCUAUCCACAUAUUUGUUGGAUAAGAGACCUUAAUGUUAAGAUUUUCCAUGCAUGUUUUCUUUAUCAUUUUAAAAUAAGUAACUGUACAUACAGGUACAGCAUUGAACCCAACACUAAUUUAUUGUACACAUAGGUAUAAAUGAACAAUUAUAAGAAAUGGAAUGACGCUAUACUUCCCAAUAUAGUUUAAUGCUAUAUUAACUAACUGCAUGCUAAAAUCAUGACAACAUUUAUAGGCUACCCUCUGUGAUUAAAUGAAUAUGGGAUCUUUACGUACAUAUUUCUUUGCCAUAAGCUAUUUUAGUUGCUGGUGUUUAGGAAAACUGAUGGAUGA